GGUUACCAUUUUCUUUCGUCCUCUCCUCGCGUAGCCCGGAAAUUCCCCUCCCCUCUCCCGUGAAACCCUAGCCGCCACACGAAACCAAAUCCCGCCCCGCCGAAAUCGUUCGGCCGGAUCUAAAUCCCGCGAAUCGAAAUUUUCCCGUUCGAUUCGUGGUCGAUUAGAGCGAGCCUUGCCGCUCCUCUCGUGAAUCCGAGAGGUUGAGCGAGGUUGUUCCCAUCGGCCACCAUGUCGAGGUGCAUCCCCUACCCGCCGCCGGGGUACGUGCGGAACCCAGUGGCCGUUGCCGUGGCCGUGGCCGAGGUGGAGACGACCGAUAAGCUCCAGAAAGAAAGGGAAAAGGCCGAUAGGAAGAAAGAGAAAAAGAAUGGCAAGAAAUCUUUCCAUCAGGGUGGUGGUGAGACAUCGAAACAUUCCAAGCGUACCCAUAAGAAGAGAAGGCAUGAAGAUAUUAGCCUGGCUGAUCUGGAGUCCAGACGAGCCUCCAAAGAAUCAGCUGAGCAGUUGGAAAAUAGUGGACUCUCAGAAGAGCAUGGAGCUCCCUGUUUCAUUCAGACAGCAGCACAUGGCUCACCAGAGAGUUCUCAGGAUAGCAGUAAGAGAAGGAAAGUUAUACUCCCCAGCCCUAGCCAAAAUAAGAAUGGAAACAUUCUUCGCAUCAAGAUAAAAAGAGACCAGGAGUUUCCUGCAGCCACAUUGAAUAAUUCAAGGGUCCAACAAAUGGUACGAGGUCCAUCCCCAUUGAGUAAGCAGAUUGCUGUCCGACCUCACCAUAGGGAAGUGAUUGUGAAAUCAGAAGCCACUGCAGCUGUGCUAAAACAAGUGGAUGUACAACCUCCUCCUGUGAAGAUUUUGCAGAGAGUGGAAUCAUCUACCACUUCAAAUGUUGUGCCGAAGGUAGAUCCUGUGAUUGCACCAAAGAUCAUGAAGCAGAUAGAUCCCUGGUUAUCUUUGGAAGCAGCUACAGUGAGACUUGAACCUACACCUUCCAAGGUUAUUGGAAGUGCAGGUACAUUGCCUACCAAACUGAGUCCUGCUGCCCAGGUGUUUCAGAGAGUUGAUCCUCCAGUGCCGUCCAUUGGGCUCCAAAGGGAUGCCCCUUCAUCUAGUGCCAUGGUGUUGCAGAAGGAAACAAGCCCGGUUGCUUUUCGCCAGCCAGACGUGCAACUGCCGUUCCUUCCGCAACAAUCAGAUGUGCCUAUUGAGACUCUCAUCAAGCAGCAGCAGCCAAACACUUCCUUGCCCAUAGAAGAGCCUUCUUUCUCUGGUAGGAAGACAGAUAAGGGUGCAGUGCCAGAGAUUAAACAGUCCAAGUCAGAUCGGAAGAAGAACCGGAAGGCGGAGAAGAAAGAGAGGAAGUUUGGAGAUCUAUUUGUUACCUGGAAUCCACCAUCGUUUGAGAUGGAGGAUACAGGAGAUGGCGACCAGGACUGGCUGCUUGGCAGUGCCAGGAAACCUGAUGCCAGUGUCAGCUGCUGCACGGCAAGUGAUGGUUCAGUGCCGUUUCAAUCAGUUUCGCAGCAGUUCUCUUUGCAACCCAGGGCUAUUCAUUUGCCUGAUCUUCAUGUCUAUCAGAUGCCAUAUGUGGUUCCAUUUUAGUUGCGUCUGCUGGGUAGAUGAGAAGUAGAGGAGAUAUUGGGAGAGAGCUGUGCCGGUGUGGGAGAGGUGUUUCCCUGCCGCAGUUUUCCAGCUUUGUUCCAGAGUUUUCUUUUUUCUUUUUCGAUGAGUCUUCCAAGCUUCCUGUAUUGUUAAUGUACUUGUCCUAUUCUGCUCCCCUGCUGCCGUGCAGUUCAACUCGAAGUUGAUUCUUUUUUUUUUCUUGUUUAAGGAAUUCUGAUGUUGUAUUCCAUAAAAUCAGAAGGUGCUUAAUAAAUAUAGCUCCGAACUGUAAUGUUAUACGCCAAUUCAAUGAACAGAAUUGAAACUUGUGUCCGGA